UUGCGCAACAAUCCGGGCGGUCCGCUCGAUCAGGCCAUCAAGGUUUCCAACCAGUUCCUGACGCGCGCCGACUUGAUCGUGUAUACGCGCGGCCGGGUCGAGAACUCCGACCAGGACUACCACGCGACGGCGGACGGCGAGUUCACGGACAUUCCGCUGGUCGUCAUCGUCAAUCGCAACAGCGCGAGCGCGUCCGAGAUCGUGGCGGGCGCCAUCCAGGACCACGAUCGUGGCCUGAUCGUUGGCGAGACCACCUUCGGCAAGGCGCUCGUGCAGUCGAUCUACCGCGUGAGCCACGGCGCCGGUCUCGCGCUCACGACGGCGCGCUACUACACGCCGAGCGGCCGCAUGAUUCAGCGGCCUUGGGACGGCACGUUCGACGAGUAUCUGACCUACUCGAUGCGCGAGCAGAGUCCCCGCGCGCAUUCUCCAGCGGACCGGAAGUACACCACCGGCGGACGUGAGGUGUACAGCGGCGGCGGCAUCGAGCCCGACAACCGUAUCGCCGGGCCGAUCGAGGGUUUCGACCCGUCUCGCCUCGGGCGUCUGCUGGCGGCCCGCCAGGAGUUCGCCAGCUUUGCGGAGAGGUUCUCGGCGGAAGGCGACCGGCGCAUCGCCGGCGUGAGCCGGGGGCGCAGGCUGGUGGCGCGCGGUUUCGCUAUCGACGACGCGCUGCUCGAAGAAUUCAAGGAGCACGUCCGCGGCCGUGGGUUGACGGUCGACGACGCCGCCUUCGCCGCUGAUCUCGAUUUCAUCCGGGCGAUGAUGCGCUAUGCGAUUGACGAGGCGCUGUUCAGCGUCGAGGAGGCGCGGGCGCAACCUGUUCGGCGCCGACCCGCAGACCCGACUCGCCGGGUCGCUCUUCGCAGAGGCUGCCCGGCUGCUCGAUAG